UGAAACAAUGACAGAGAAUUAAUUUAAAAAGGGCAGCGAUCGUCGCGGGAGCAGCAUAUCGCGCGCCGCGGCCGCCGGCAUUCUGGCGACCUGCAGCUGCUCCCCGAUUGGUCGGCGCGGCGAGCAAUCGUGCCGUGGACGUGGGAGCCCCUCAGUUGAAGUCGUCCCAGCGUCGCGGCACACCGUUUUCGUUGAGUCCCGGCUACAGCACAGGCUAGAAUGGCACGUACCAAGCAGACUGCUCGUAAGAGUACCGGUGGCAAGGCACCCAGGAAGCAGCUGGCCACCAAGGCUGCAAGGAAGAGCGCGCCGGCCACCGGAGGCGUCAAGAAACCUCACAGGUACAGGCCCGGCACGGUCGCCCUGCGUGAAAUCCGCCGUUACCAGAAGUCCACGGAGCUGCUCAUCCGCAAGCUGACCUUCCAGCGCCUGGUCCGCGAAAUCGCCCAGGAUUUCAAGACCGACCUGUGCUUCCAGAGCUCCGCCGUGAUGGCACUGCAGGAGGCCAGCGAAGCCUACCUUGUCGGCCUGUUCGAGGACACCAACCUGUGCGCCAUCCACGCCAAGCGCGUCACCAUCAUGCCAAAGGACAUCCAGCUGGCUCGUCGCAUCCGUGGCGAACGUGCUUAGACGGCCCGC